UCCAAAACAAGCCUCUUAUCAAAACAAUAGCGACAACAAUUUAGCGCACACAAAUUUCUAAGACUUAUGUUUUGUUUGUUAAUCAUAACCAAAUAUUAUGGUGAAUGACAAGCGUUCAAGGACUUUUAUUUUACGAUAUAAUAAAGAGGAAGUACUUACUGCUUAGUGCAAAUGUUGUAGGGAGUUCAAUAUUUUGUGUACUUUCCUCUAAUUCUGGCUUUGCCAGCUGUCAAACACAAACUGAGUUGGAUUAGCUGCACGUUUCUCAGCUGUGGUCACUAUGGCCCGGUAUGAGCUUUUUCAGAGUCAAACCACUCUGGUCAUGUCAUUACUGACGGACACUGCUAAGCAGGAGAUACGAAAUGUUUUUACAUCCAGCUACGAUGAAUCUCAUCUCACCAUCAAACCAAACGAUUCUCAGAUUCACAUGCUUAAUUCCAUAAUGGAGAGGUUUGCCAAAGAAGCAGUGCAGAAGAUUUGCAGUCUCUUCAGAUACUGUUCAUCUAUUGCACCAGUUCCAGCACAAAUGUGUUUGAAUGGCCGAGAUGACAUAAGAAAGACUUCAUCUCAGAUGGGACGUGAUCUCAGUGGAACAACAUGUAUCCAAAACCAAGAGUUUCAGGGAGAUGCUAUAUCUCUCUCUGUGAGUCCUCUGAAUGAGCUUUCAUCACUGUCUCACCAGCAACCUUCAAGCACUGUGCAUGAACAGGACAGUAAGGCAAGCCAGUGUCUUAUGGUGGAGGACAGAGCAGAAGAAGCCAUUCAGACAACAUUCAUCAGUGAGGCUGCUGAUGACAUGGGCUGGUCUGAAGAUCAGGAAGGCGUGUUGCAGACGUCAACCGAGCAACCUGAAAAGCCGCAAGACAAAGAGUCUUUUGAAUGUGAGCAGUGCGGAAAGUCCUUUCCAAAGAUGUUUUCUCUUGUGCAGCACAAACGUGUGCAUUCGAUUGUGAGGCCGCACAAUUGUGAAAAGUGCGGGAAGAAAUUCACACUGCUGAGAGCACUAGAGACCCACCUUCGCAAACACUCACAGAAGUUCGAGAAGAAGAAAUUUCCCUGCCCUACGUGUGGAAAGAGCUUCAGGGAUCUCACAGCGCACGAACUGGUCCAUGCGGAAGUCAAACCAUUUACCUGUGAAAUAUGCGGACAGGGAUUCACAAUCAAAAGAAGUUUAUACAUGCACCAGAGGGUGCACACGGGUGAAAAACCAUACAGAUGCGACACCUGUGGGAAGUGUUUCUCCCUGAUUGGCACGUUAAACUACCACAAGAGGAUUCAUUCAAAUGACAGGCCGAUAAAGUGCAGCCACUGCAACAAGAGCUUCAAGUACCAUAAACUUUUGAAACACCACCUCCGAGUGCACACAGGUGAGAGGCCGCACACAUGUGACAUCUGUGGGAAAAGUUUUGCGCUUUCCGGGACUCUGAAACGCCACAUCCUCAUUCACACUGGUGACAAACCAUACGUCUGCGAGGUGUGCGGCAGAAGAUUCAAUCAGAGAAGCACUCUCAAAGGUCACAUGCGAGUGCACGGAGAGAAGCGGUUUAUGUGUGAAAUGUGCGGGAAAACAUUCCAGUAUAAUUAUGUCUUAAGGAACCACAUUCUUACACACAAUCAAGUUGGAAAUCCAGGAGAUAAGAGCAACGCUCAUCGCUGCGAAGUGUGCGGGAAGUUCCUGAGCUCCGCCUACGCGUUAAAAACUCAUCUGCAGCUGCAUUCGGACAACAGUAAACCCUUUACGUGCACGUUAUGUGACAGGAAGUACAGCAGCAUACAUUCCCUCAGGAUGCACGAACAGCUUCACACGGGGGAGAAACCUUUCAAGUGCGAGAUCUGCGGUAAGGACUUUUCUCUGAGGGCUUCGUAUAAAACCCAUAUGUUUCUGCAUUCAGGAGAAAGACCUCAUAAAUGCGUAUUGUGUGGGAAAAGAUUCAAGCUGUCAAGCUCUCUGAAGAUGCAUAUACGUACUCAUACCGGUGAAAAACCUCACAAGUGUGAAACGUGUGGGAAGGCGUUUCAUUUAUCGGCCAAUUUGAAAAGACACAGGCUUGUGCACACCGGGGAAAAGCCGUUUACCUGUGACAUUUGUUUGAAGAGUUUCACACAGCCCAACAAUUUGAAGGCACACAUGCACAUUCACACUGGCAACAAGCCGUACACCUGCACUAAGUGUUGGAAAAGUUUUGCCUAUCAGAGAAAUUACAAAGAUCACAAAUGCACUCCACUUUAAAAGUUUUCAGCCUUAUUAACUAAAAUAACUAAAAUUGAGUAAUGUCUACCUACAGGUUUUUUUUUAUGUAGGAUUGUAAAUAAUUUUGUGAAAAUUACAAGAAAUGCUUGACUGUAUUUAUUUAUCAAAAAAUAAACAAGUUUUUCCUUGUUA